AAUCUUGGUCAGCUGACACAUUUGUGGGUCCUUGAAAGCGUAGUCCGUGAGAGGUGCUAGUCCGUGGAGCCUGGCUAAUCGUAUGACAGGGAAGAGGUGUCUGCAGAGACAUAACACACAUACAGAACAUAAUGGCUUCCAUGUUGCUGAACACAAUGCGGAGCGGCUCUGUCAGCCCUUCCUGGGCGAUGCGGUUGGGAACACGCUCUCUCAGUACGACGGCCCAGCUGCAGGCGCAUGUUCAGACAAAGAGUAAAAAGUCCCUGGCUCGGCCCGGUGUGAAGAACAUCGUUCUGGUGGAAGGAGUUCGAACCCCGUUCCUGUUGUCUGGAACCACAUAUGCUGACCUGAUGCCCCACGACUUGGCCAGAGCAGCUCUGCAGGGUCUGCUGCACAAGACGGGGUUACCCAAAGAUGCUGUCGACUACAUCAUAUAUGGGACAGUCAUUCAGGAGGUCAAAACCAGCAAUGUAGCAAGAGAGGCGGCACUGGGUGCAGGCUUCUCUGACAAGAUCCCAGCUCACACCGUCACCAUGGCGUGCAUCUCCUCCAACCAGGCAAUGACCUCAGCUGUUGGUCUGAUUGCUGCAGGCCAGUGUGACUCUGUUGUGGCAGGAGGGGUGGAGUUCAUGUCCGACGUUCCCAUCCGUCACAGCCGUAAGAUGAGGAAGACCAUGCUGUCCCUCAACAAGGCGAAGACCCUCGGCCAGAGGCUCAGUCUGAUUGGCAGCAUCCGUCUGGCACAUCUCUCCCCAGAGCUUCCUGCCGUGGCUGAGUUCUCCACCGCUGAAACGAUGGGCCACAGCGCCGAUCGUCUGGCUGCCGCAUUUGGAGUCACCAGAGUGGAGCAGGAUGAGUUCUCUGUGCGAUCACACACACUGGCUCAGCAGGCCCAGGACGCCGGUCUGCUGGAGGAUGUUAUCUCAUUUAAAGUGCCAGGUCGGGAUAUUGUUAGCAAGGACAACGGCAUCCGCGUAUCCUCCAUGGCGCAAAUGGGCAAACUAAAGGCCGCCUUUGUUAAACCUCACGGCACAGUCACCGCCGCCAACUCCUCCUUCCUGACUGAUGGAGCCUCCGCUGUGCUCGUCAUGUCUGAAGAGAAAGCGUUGGCUAUGGGCUACAAGCCUAAAGCCUACCUCAGAGACUUUGUCUACGUGUCCCAGGACCCCAAAGAUCAGCUGCUUUUGGGGCCAACGUACGGCACACCAAAGGUCCUGGAGCGCGCUGGCUUGAGCAUGAGUGACAUUGAUGUCUUUGAGUUCCACGAGGCAUUCGCAGGUCAGAUAAUGGCAAAUCUGAAGGCCAUGGACUCCGAUUGGUUCGGCCAGACGUACUUGGGCAGGAAAUCGAAGGUGGGAGCUCCACCCAUGGAGAAGUUCAACCUGUGGGGAGGCUCUCUGUCUUUGGGGCAUCCGUUCGGGGCCACCGGCUGCAGGCUGGUCACCACUGUGGCACACCGACUGCAGAAGGAGGGCGGACAGUACGGACUGGUGGCGGCUUGUGCUGCAGGAGGACAGGGUCAUGCCAUGGUGAUCGAGGCCUACCCCCAGUAAAACACUUAAAACACCACCUGUGACCUGAUCGUCAUGUUCAUCGUGAUGGCUACACGCACGCACACACACACACACACGCACACACGGACAACAGAGUGUACAUACUAGCACCACCUUGCCUUGGUGAGAGGAGUCGGGAUACAGGAUGCGAGUGUGUUUUAGGAAACUUGUGUAAAUUGAACUUUGCUUAGAGGCUGUUAAAUUAUAGCAGGACGUUAUGGAGGAGUGUCUGCUCAUGAGUUCAUGGACAUUGAGGUGCAUCACGCCAGCGUUUGUCGAAUGUAACAUAGCAAAAUGAAAGCACUCAGAGGAGGUACAGUGAUCCUAAUGUUUAUAUACGCUGUAAUAUCUUUUCUUACAAACUGUUGGAAUUAAAGGGUGUGAUGACGACCACGCUGAAACUCA